GCCACCAAGCAAGCAACAUGUACAAACAGGUGAUCGUGAUCGUCGUCCUGGCCGUGGUGGCCGCCUGCAUGGCCGCCCCCGGACCCAAGCCGGCCCCCGGCCUGCUGGCCAGCUACGUGGCCGCCGCCCCCGCCGCCUACACCGCCCCCGCCUUCGCCGCCCCCGUCGCCUACACCGCUGCCGCAGCUCCCGUGGCCUACGCCGCCCCCUACUCUGCUGCCUACGUCGCUCCAUAUCAUGCUGCCUACAGCGCAGCCAUCCUGGGAUGAACUUGGCGGCCUAUCAAAGACGGCAGCGUUAACGGCAUAUAUUGCGAUACUCAAUGAAAUAAAUUCCUUAUGAUGUUA